UUUUAGUCAAAAAAUCACACCCUGUACUUGACUGAUGCCAUUUCUUCUUUUGUUAGCAUUUCUAUUGCACCUUCCACUUGCAAUUUUCUACAACUUAUAUGGAACUUGCAACUGAAAACUGCAAACAGUUCACUUAGCGCAUUGUUCGCGAUGAGUUCCAAUCGCUGGCAUUAUUGUAGCUACCUCCUAGCUGGACUCAUUCUUAUUGUACUGACUGUCAAGCUGAGCAGUGCAGUGCUCUUCUUUCCACGUGGCGGUUCCAUAGGUCUACUAGCUGCAGUGGCCAUUCCAUUGGAUCUUACAUAUCGCAAUGUGUACAUGGCCUUCAACUUUGAGUCCAACUAUGGUUUGCCUGCGAAUGACUCUUACAAUCAGUGGAUUGAUAGGUGGGAUCUGGACGAGGGCUUUCUUGGCAUUGGGAGCGAUGUGACGCCCAUAGAUGGACGCAAUGACGAUAAGCUGGAGAAACGUUCGAUUUCGACACCGCCCCGUUUUACACGUCACGACUUCUAUAGAGCGAUUGUUAGCUAUUUGGGUCAGUAUGGCUACAAUGGCAGCGCCUGUUUGCUGCGCACCAUCUGCGAGGUGACCGCUGCCCCACUGGAUGCACACAACGGCGUGUUGGGCAGCAUAUUCAAAAUUCUAUUCAUGCCAACGACAAGCGCCGCCGAGCAGCGACUGCAGCACGUGGAUAGCCUCUAUGAGGCUACAGAGAUGGGCACGCGCGCCUUAAACUGUGCUGAUUACGUGGCCGGUUGUGCACACAGUAUGCUGGACAUGAUAAGCGUUAUGCUCUAAAUCUCAAGUGUGCGUGAGUGCACUCAAAGAAUGCAUACAACAGCAAAUGGCUCCUAAAUAAAUUAGCCAAGUGCUUAGCAAAACAUAAUCCUUGAAAAAACUUAAAUCCCGUAAGCUACCACAUGAGGGGUUACAAGUUUCAAGAAUCUCUUAAAACAUUUCUUUCAAAUAAAUAUACUGCAUAUAUACAUUUAUCAUAUACGACUUGCAAGGGUUUCCUUUAAUAAGACCCAAAUUUCUGGAUUCAAGUUGAGAUUGGAUCGGGAAAGGAAUCCCAAGGGGAACCCGUGUGGAUGGACGGACGAGAAAAAUGUUAAAAUAUGCGAAAUCGGGGGACUUUUUGUAUAAUACCGAUCAUAUAUUUCCAAACAUUGACAAAGUAUUGGGUUUAGAUUGAAAAUUUUAAAAUAUUAUGUAAGUCAGAAUGUUUUAUGAAAUAAAAGUUGUAUUUUAAUAAAUAA